GAAGAAGAAAAAUAACAUAAAAGAGGAGCUAGCAACAUGUAUACUAUUUCACUUUUUUUAGAGUUUCUAAGCCAAUCAGAAGGCUCUAUUUCAGACCCACUCGCACAAAGUGCGCGUUGCGCGAGUGAGAGCAAUUCCUGAAGGGGGUUUACCUUUCGAAAUCAUGCCUAUUUCUAUCGACGCACUUCUCUCCAAAUUUUCCAUCGCGUGACUCUUUGUAAUUCUAAUAAUGUAAACCGAACCGAAAUCAAUUGUAAUUUAAAACCAUAUUAACCGAACCGAAAUCAAUUGUAAUUUCUUGUAGAUUAACCGGUGUCGUUGGCAAGCUACGUAGUCGUAUUAGAGUGGGCCGUGAGAAUGUGAGUGACUCGGCGAGAUUGAAGAUUAUACGACGGCGACUAUCUAUAACGACAGAAUCGUCCCAAUUUUGAAAACCCUAAAACUCAAUCUUUCGACUCUCUGCUAAGAUAGAAACUCAAUCUUGCUUUCUCUGUAAUUCGUAGCUUCCUAAGGUUUUCUCAAGAAUCUCAUAACCAUGGCGAAUCCCGCACCGAAUCUGGAAUGUCGUAUGUACGAAUCCAAAUACCCUGAUGUAGACAUGGCGGUGAUGAUCCAGGUGAAGAACAUCGCUGACAUGGGAGCUUACGUCUCUCUACUUGAGUACAACGACAUUGAAGGAAUGAUCCUAUUCUCUGAGCUCUCUCGCCGUCGGAUUCGUAGUAUCAGUAGCUUAAUCAAGGUCGGUCGGAUCGAGCCUGUAAUGGUCCUUCGUGUCGAUAGAGAGAGAGGUUACAUUGAUCUUAGUAAGCGUAGGGUUAGUGAUGAGGACAAAGGGGCUUGUGAGGAGAGGUUUAAUAAGAGCAAGCUUGUUCACUCUAUCAUGCGUCAUGUUGCUGAGACUGUUGGUGUCGAUUUGGAGGAGCUAUACGUACACAUCGGUUCAAUGAAUCAAGCCAAGAAAAUUCCUGAAGAUUUCUACUUCCAUGGUUCCAAAUUUUAAAAAAUCCACAUCCAGAACUAUAGAUUAGAUAAGAACAAAUACGGAAGAUGUAUUAAGGUGUAUACAGAUUUUAACA